AUGUACGACUACGUACACGUGGACGAAAAGUGGUUCCACGCCACGCCAAUCCGUUCCCGGUUCUACCUGCUGCCCGGAGAGGAGCCUCCACAUCGGUCGACUCAAAGCAAGCGAUUCAUCACCAAGGUGAUGUUCUUGUCGGCAGUUGCACGACCUCUAUGGGACAACGCCAAGUCCGAAUGGUUCGAUGGUAAGAUCGGCACGUGGCACUUUACCCAGCAUGUUCGGGCAGCCCGCUCGUCACGAAACCGUCCCGCGGGGACAAUGGAGCUGCGACCUGUCAACGUGACACGCCCUGUGUACAAGAAGAUGCUCAUCGACAACGUCAUACCUGCCAUCAAAGCUCUCUGGCCGGCCGACUGUUCGAAGACCGUCUUCAUCCAACAGGACAAUGCCCGCCUGCACGUCCCACCUAGUGACGCCGACAUUAUCAAGGCCUGCACGUCCGAUGGAUGGGCGAUGAAGUUGAAGUACCAACCACCGAACUCGCCGGACAUGAACGUCUUGGACCUCGGGUUCUUUCGCGCAAUCCAAGCACUUCAGCAGACGCACCACUCGAACACCUACGAAGACAUCGUGAAUGCGACGAACAACGCGUGGAAGGACGUAGACCCAUGGUCGUUGGAGCGCAACUUUUUGACGCUGCAAUCAUGCUUGCGUGAGGUCAUCGGCUGCGCCGGCGGGAACUCCUACAAGAUUUCGCACAUGAAGAAGGCUGCUUUGAAGAAAUGUGGCCGCCUACCCGAGUCUGUGUCGUGCGGCAAAGACGUCUACGACGAUGGUUGCACACUGCUCGGCCAGGUCGACCUAAGCACCGUCAUGCUUGAGCUGUCUCUGCAAACAGCGCGCGACUUGGAAAUGAGCGACAUCUUCACAGCAUUGGAAACUCUUGACAUCGAUGACCAGGAUGAAUAA